CGUCCAUGUGAAUCUUCCGCGAAAAUCAUUUUGUACUGCGGAAAGGACACCUGAAGAUAUCACAACAUCUGAUUCAGCUUUGAAAUCUGAUAAUCUGCAAUGAAUGGGUCGUCAGCGGUGGGGCAGGCAAACGGGACUGGGGACGGGGAUAAAGUGGUCAUCCUUGAUGCUGGAGCCCAGUACGGAAAGGUCAUCGACAGACGUGUCCGUGAACUGAACGUGGAGACAGAUAUCCUGCCACUAGAUACUCCUGCAUUUACUAUUAAAGAGCGUAAAUACAGGGCUAUCAUUAUAUCGGGAGGCCCCAAUUCUGUAUAUGCUGAGGAUGCUCCACGCUAUGACCCCGACAUUUUCCGAUGUGGAUUACCUGUUCUGGGAAUAUGCUAUGGCAUGCAGAUGCUGAACAAGGAAUUCAGUGGCAGCGUCAUUCAAAAGGAGGCUCGUGAGGAUGGUCAAUUUAAUAUCACAGUGGAAAACAAGUCUCCAUUGUUUAAAGGACUGAAUAAGGAGCAGACAGUACUUCUAACACAUGGAGAUAGCAUAGACAAGGUCGCUGAUGGGUUCAAGGUCAUCGCAAAGUCUGGCAGUCUAAUAGCAGGGAUAUCCAAUGAAAAACAGAAGUUGUAUGGUGUCCAGUUCCAUCCCGAAGUUGACCUUACAGAACAUGGUGUGGCCAUGUUCCAGAACUUUCUCUUCUCUGUGGUUAAAUGUGAGGCGAGUUACACCAUGGCCAGUCGAGAGAAUGCCUGUAUAGCCUACAUCAGAGAGACUGUCAAAGAUCACAAAGUCCUGAUGUUACUGAGUGGUGGUGUGGAUUCCACGGUUUGUGCAGCUCUACUACACAAAGCUUUAAAGGAGGAGCAGGUCAUCGCUGUUCACAUAGACAAUGGCUUCAUGAGGAAAAAUGAGAGUUCCUCAGUAGAACAGUCCCUCACUAGGAUGGGAUUAAGUGUCAAAGUGAUACGUGCAGCACACACUUUCUACAAUGGAUCCACAUCUAUACAUAUAGACAAAUCUGACCCUAACUCUAGAAAGAGAAAGACGGACACUCUGAACACCACCAUUCACCCUGAGGAUAAGCGUAAAAUCAUUGGUGACACAUUCAUGCGGGUAGCCAACGAUGUGAUAGAGGAACUCAAUCUCAAACCAGAGGAUGUUUAUCUAGGUCAAGGAACACUAAGACCAGACCUUAUAGAGAGUGCGUCCGAGUUAGCCAGUGGAAAAGCAGAUGCCAUAAAAACCCAUCACAACGACACAGAGCUAGUCCGAGAGUUACGGAGACAGGGGCGUGUUGUAGAACCCCUCAAAGACUUCCAUAAGGACGAGGUGCGUCAGAUAGGGCGUGACCUUGGUCUACCCACAGAACUAGUCAACAGACACCCUUUUCCUGGACCGGGCCUUGCGAUUCGUGUGAUAUGUGCAGAGGAACCUUACAUGUGUAAAGACUUUGCCGAGACGAGUGUCAAGUUGAGAUUCAUUGUAAACUAUGUUGAUGCCAUGAAAACACCCCACAAGCUGUUGAUGGCGCUACAGAAUGGGAUGUCCGAUGAGGAUCAGGAGAAUUUAUUGUCCAUUAGUAAAUCUGAUAACCUUAGUGCCACACUGCUGCCCAUCAAAACUGUUGGUGUCCAGGGAGACUGUAGGAGUUACAGUUACGUAGCAGCACUGUCUGGUCCAGGCAAACCUAACUGGAAAAAUUUGAUGAUCCUGGCAAAGGUCAUCCCAAGGAUCUGCCAUAAUAUUAACAGGGUAGUGUAUGUGUUUGGUGGUGCUGUGAAGUACAGUUUAGAGGAUGUGACGCCGACGUUCCUGACAGCAGGAGUACUCAGUACACUACGACAGGCGGACUACAUGGCCUCCAAAGUCCUACAGGACACGGAUUCCUUCAGCAAACUUAGUCAGAUGCCUGUGGUCAUCACUCCCUUACACUUCGAUCGUGACCCUGUGCUUCACCAGCCCUCGUGUCAAAGGUCAAUUGUUAUAAGGACAUUCAUCACAAACGACUUCAUGACUGGUGUAGCUGCAGUCCCUGGGAAAAAUAUACCAGAGGAGGUGAUAGAUAAGAUUGUGGAGAGUGUUUUAACAGUCCCUGGAAUUUCUCGUGUGAUGUACGACAUGACGUCUAAACCCCCUGGAACUACCGAGUGGGAAUGAGUAUAGCCUCGUUAGCACUGCAGUAAUGUGUACUCUUCAUCCAAGGACAUGGCAUGUGUUGACAUCCACUGGACACAGUUUUGUGAUGGGUUGUUAAACAUGGAUUCCAUCAAUGGAUGACAGGUGUCAGGCACUUAUUGGAUACAGAUAAGGUUAAUGUUUUCAAGAACUUCUAGUUUUCGCUAUUUCUGUCGAAAAAUAAAAUUAAAAGUAGAUCCAUUGAAAAAAAAUCUGUUUCAUGUAAAUUCAUCAGGAAAAAUUAUUACCUGUUUCAUAUUUUCUGCGAAAGAAACAUCCUUUUGGCUUCAAAGUUUUUAGUGAAACAUGAACCAUUGCAUUAUGUGACAACCUUUAUUAUAGUAUAAAAUGGUUUCUGGCCAGUGACUGGCCAGUUACGUCAACUGUGAUUUGUUAAUUUAUAUGUUAAUGUUAGGGUGUGGCUACUGCUUAUUGUGUCCAUGUGUUCUGUUGAAUGUGUGUUAAUGAUUUUUGUACAAAUUUUGAUACUUUUUAUAUGAUUUUCUUGAUAUGGAUAGUAAAUUUCAUGAAGAAUAACUUGAAAUCAGCUUCACUUGACUUGUAUGAAGGCUCACUAAUAAACUUCACCCUGAACCUCUUCAGAGUGUACCAUGGGUGUAUAAAGGCUCACUAUUACGCUUCAAUCUGAACCUCUCUAGAAUUUACCUUGGGUAUAUAAAGGCUCACUAUUUAACUUUACCUGAACCUCUCUAGAAUUUACCUUGGGUAUAUAAAGGCUCACUAUUUAACUUUACCUGAACCUCUCUAUAGUGUACCUUGGGUAUAUAAAGGCUCACUAAUAAACUUCACCCUGAACCUCUCUAGAGUGUACCGUGGGUAUGUAAAGGCUCACUAAUAAACUUCACCCUGAACCUCUCUUGAGUGUACCGUGGGUAUGUAAAGGCUCACUAAUAAACUUCACUCUGAACCUCUCUAGAGUGUACCUUGGGUAUAUAAAGGCUCACUAAUCAACUUCACCCUGAACCUCUCUUGAGUGUACCUUGGGUAUGUAAAGGCUCACUAAUAAACUUCACCCUGAACCUCUCUAGAGUGUACCUUGGGUAUAUAAAGGCUCACUAAUAAACUUCACUCUGAACCUCUCUUGAGUGUACCUUGGGUAUGUAAAGGCUCACUAAUAAACUUCACCCUGAACCUCUCUUGAGUGUACCUUGGGUAUGUAUAAGGCUCACUAUUAUGCUUCACUCUGAACCUCUCUAGAGUGUACCUUGGUGUAUAAGGCUCACUAUUAAACUUCACUCUGAAAGUCUCUAGAAUGUACUGUGGGUAUAUAAAGGCUCAAUAUUUAACUUUACCUGAACAUCUCUUGAGUAUACCUUUGGUAUAUAAAGGCUCAAUAUUAAACUUCACUCUGAACAUC